CCUCCUGCCGGCCGGGCGGCGCCACGCACCGCUCCGGUGCCGCCACACGCGAUGGGGCCGGCGGCCGCCGCCCGGUGUCGCCCCGGAGCGGGCUCUUCCCGGUGGGGCAAACGCCGCGGCGGGGGACGUCGGGGGGUUUUCACCCAGCUGGCUGCCCCCUCAAAGCAACCGCUUCUCGGUGAUUGACAGCUGUCAGUCACUCCCGCGGCGCUGCGGGCCGCCGGGGGGGCGCUGUGGCGAGCGGCGGCGGGAGGGGCGCCCCCUGGUGGCAAGCAGCGAGCGGCCCCGGCGGGUCCCGGUUCCGCGGCCCCGCGGGUGCCCUGCGCUCCGGUUCUCCCUGCCGGGCAGCGCGGCGGGAAUGGAGCCCCCGCAGCCGCCGAGCUGGUCCUUCCCCGCCGCUCCCGGGAAAGCCCCGCGGCCGCUCGGUGCCGGCAUCCCGCUGUGGCCCGUGGUGGCCGCCGUGCGGGCGGUGGAGCGCAGCGUGGGCGCCCACGCCGCGCGGCUGCGGAGCCUGGAGCGCCGGGCGGGGAGCGCCGAGGAGAAAUACCGCGAGUGCAGGAAAACCCUGGUGGAAUUCGGGAGCCAGCUGGAGAGCAAGCUGGCCGUGCUGGGCACCCUCGUCCAGGGGUACGGGCUGCUCCAGCAGCGCCUGGAGAACAUGGAGAACCUGCUGAAGAACAAGCAUUUCUGGAUCCUGCAGUUGCCCCCCGGGGGUGAGGUCCCCAAGGUCCAGGUGAUGUUCGACAGCGGCACGGCUGACGUUUCUGCUCUGGAGCGGGAGGAUCUGGAGGAAUGGCAGAGGGAGCCGCGCAAAAACGUGCUGAGAGGCGAAAACGAACCUCUCGUCUCUCUGGAUUACGCACUCUCCAAACCUGACCUCCUGUCCCGGCUUCCGAGCGGAGAAACGCCCUGCGACGAGGUGACCUCGAGAGGGGUUCCAGCAGAACCAAGCGCAGAGUCUCUGCUGUUCGGACUCAGUGCGACCAGCCAGGACAGCAGAGGGGGAGCGCAGCGCCCCACGGGACAGGAUCGCCUGGAGGGAACCGCACUGGCUGCACCCGCACCCGAGUACGGCGUUCCAGAGCCCAGCUUUGCGGGCGUUGUGAAACAAGAGGAGUGCGGAGCCACGGAGGACGCGGAGUUUACCGAGCUCCGCGUGGUUCCAGCGGAGGAGGUGAUGACGUUCAAAGUAGAGCAGCUGGACUCUGAGGAAUGUCCCCAAAGCUCAGAGCCCCCCACGACUCUGUGCGGGGAGCCGGAGGAGCUGCUUUUCCGGGGUCCUGGUCCGUACGGCUCUCCCGCGCAGGGACACCAGAGCAUGAGCAGGUUGGUGCCAUCUGCUCCGGGAGAAGAGGGUCUUGGCGGAAACAACGCUGUCACGUUCUACGGGCAAAACUGUCCCAGCAGGAGACCCCGCUCGUGUGCCACGUGUGGGAAGGGCUGCUGUCUGCGGGAGAUGCUGGCGGCCCACCAGGAGAGCCACGGCGCGCAGUGCGGCAGCGAGCACGCUGGAGACGAGGGGCUCCUCCAUCAGCAGCACCCGUGGAGCCACGGGGUGGAGAGGACCUAUGGGGAGGAGAGGACCUGCGUGGAGGAGAGGAGCUGCGUGGCCAUGGAGAGGUUCAGGCAAAGCCAGAAUGCAAAAGCCCACACCGGCAUCCCUGCCGUGGACAAGGUGUACAUCAAUCCAAGGUGCGUGAGAAGCACCAACACCAACGGCAGCUACAAGGCAAGUCAGAGGAGCCACCCCCGGGGGAGGCCUUACAAGUGUGAGAAGUGUCAGGAGUGGUUCUACCAAAAGAAAACCCUCGUCAUGCACCGGCGUGCGCACUCGGGCCGGAGCAGAGGGGUCCUCGGCUGCUCGUACUGCGGGAAGACCUUCAGCCACCCGUCCAACCUGGUGCGGCACCAGAGGAUCCACACCGGGGAGAGGCCGUACCCGUGCGACGAGUGCCCAAAGCGCUUCACCCAGAAGCAGCACCUGCUCCAGCACGAGAAGAUCCACCAGCGCGAGAGGAGCCGCGCGGGCGCGCAGGGCGCCGGGAAGGUGACGCUGCCCAGGCUGGGGGGACACGCAGCCCUGCAGCCCCUCGAGGAGGUGGGAGCGGAGAGAGCAUCUGCUGCUCGGCCUUAAGGGCUUCCUGACAAUUUAUCCCAAAGAUCCGAGCAAAGCAGGAUUAGGCUCCACCCUGACACCACUGCCCUUUUGCUGUGGUGGUGAUGGUGUGGCCACAGGACCUCAUAGUGUCCCCAAAAACCCUCCAGAAUGAGAGUUUCAGGCCUCUCCAAGUUUUGAGUCAGUUGUUUGAACUGGUCCCGCUGAGGUUGAGUUUUUGAAACUCUUCUUCCCUGGAGUUUCCCUGGCUGCUCCCUCCACAACGUUGCGCUGCCCUCAGUUUCUCGGACAAGUUCGAGCUGCACAUUCAAUUCCUGGCAACCAAAUGCUUUUGCGGGGUGAGGGUUGCGCGGGUUGCCCCGUGGCCAGGGAGGGACGGCCGGUGGGUUCCCAGCUCUCUCCGUGCCUCGGCACAGGACAGGUGACAUUUUCUCUGCUGUUUGUGCUCAGGAAGCUGCCUGGAGAAGACAGCUCCAGUUCCUUCUCCAGAGCCUGAAGUCGGACCUGGUUUGUGGUGAAUGAAGAUGAUGCGGCCACGCUCUGCUCGGAGCCGUGACGCGCACUGGGCACGCUGCGCUGGAGGCUCUGGCUCCGUGCGGGAUUUGCUGGGCUGUUUGUCACUUGUGAGCACACCCGGGGGAGGUGGCGUCACCCAGAUCUCUGGUACCUGCAGCUGAGCCCCAGCGGAACUGGAUGGGGACGCCGCUUGUAACGCAGAGGCGGGACACAGCUGUCCUGCCAGGCUGGGGUGAGCGCUGCGCUGACGUUCCGCUGACCCCUCUACACCAACGCUGCUUUUAUUUGCGUUUCAUUAUCGCCUCCAUCUCCCUCUGCUCCUGCUAGCCUGCGGAACAGAUGAUUUUUGCUUUUGGGGAUCAGCUUUCGUCACAUCCAAAUCCAUUAAUAAAAAUUGUGCAGCGUGUGAAAUGCGUUUAGCGCAUUGCCCAAGUACGAACCGCCGCUGCGGGGCUGGCGCUGCUGCACGGAUUGGUUUCAAACCCGCUGCUCGUUCUCCCCAUCACUAAUUGGGCUUCAGAAAGCCUUGUGUCGCCUCCUGGUCCCCAGGGGUCUGCGAGGGGAGGCGCAGGGCGUUGGUUCUUCCCCAGAGAUGCUCUGGCCGCCUGCAGCUCUUUCAGGCUCCAAAAUCCUCCGGCCACCGACCGAGGUCCUGCAGGUUCAUUGUCUGCCUGUCACCUGGUGUUCUGUCACCUCUGGGUGUUCGGUGGCCACUUGCUACCACAAAGCAUUGACCAUGGACCAGUUUUGUUCCCGUUUGAAGGAGAGUCCCUCGGCAGUUCACGGAGUGGAGCAUUUGAUACCCCAACAAGCAGUCUGGGUCUUGUCCAACAAGCAGGUGUGUUAAUUAGUUCCCCAGAGGUUUCCCACUGAAUCCAGUCAAACUGCUUGUUGAUGUUUCACGCUUUUCUUACUCAGACUGUGAGCCUUCAGGGCAGGGAGCUUGUUUCUGUCUGUUUGUAAAACACCAGUUAAAUUUGCAGCAGUAGAUACUUCAUUUUUGAUAGCAAUCACGUUAACCUUGAAUGGAUUAAAGCUGUGAGGUUCCAAA